GGGUCCUGCAAAUAAGGGAUGUAAAUGUUCUACAUGCCAUGCCAAUUUUGGUGACUGCCCAGGACAUUAUGGAUACUUGAGUCUUGCUCUCCCUGUUUUUAAUGUUGGUUAUUUUACUACGAUAUUGGAAAUUCUAAAGUGCAUUUGCAAGUCAUGUUCUCGUAUACUUUUGGAAGAGAAGCUUUACAAAGACUUCUUGAGGAAGAUGAGAAAUCCUAAAUUGGAAGCCUUGAGGAAGUGUGAGCUUGCGAAAAAAAUCGUAAAGAAGUGUACUACCUUGACAAGUAGCAAUAAAAGCAUGAAAUGCUCCAGAUGUGGAUAUUUAAAUGGUUCGGUGAAGAAGGCUGUAUCUAUGUUGGGAAUACUACAUUAUCGUGUGAAAUCCAAGGAUGCGGGGAUGGUAUCAGAGGAUCUUAGAGCACCCUAUAAUGUGUCGAAUGAUAUUUUGAACCCUUUUAGAGUUCUUUCUCUUUUUAAAAGGAUGACAGAUGAGGACUGUGAGUUACUCUUUCUAUCAGAUAGGCCUGAUAAUCUCAUCAUUACUAACGUUGCAGUGCCUCCUAUAGCUAUCCGUCCUUCUGUAAUUAUGGAUGGUUCACAAAG